GUCGGGGCUGGGGGGCGGCCUGGCACUCGGCGCGGUGGGCGCGGGGCUGAUCUCGGCUCUGAUCUCGGCUCUGAUCUCGGCUCUGAUCUCGGCUCUGAUCUCGGCUCUCCCCGCUGUUUCAUCGCGCUGCGGUGCCUGCGUCAACCCGGAGCGCCGUUCGCUGUGGUGAACACCUCAGCUGUGAGGUUGAUGCUGAGUUAACGAGGCCUUCGUUCGGCGCGGGUCGGGCCGCUUUUCCGCAGGCCGGGAGGGGGGGAGCAGCGCAGCCCCGCCCCGUGCUGUUAUUUCCUCCCUUCGGAUGCCGUUAUCGCGGCUCCCGGCCUUUGGGGCGGUGCUGGUGUUGCUGGCUGUGACGCCUGCAAAGCGGGGAUUUCCCAAACCCAAAGGCAGCGGGAUCGGGUGGCGCCAAUGUGCGCCGUGCCGUCUGGAGGCGGUGCCCGGCUCCCCGCUGCGUACCGGGCAGAGCCUGAGCAGCUUUUUGUUCCCCUUCUGCACGGCGUGGAGGAAGAUGAAGCCCUUUGGAAAAGUGCUCUGUGCUGCAGGGAGCCUGGCUGUGCUGCUUGCCUUCUUCUGGAGGGACACCUUCCAGCCAGAGCAGCUUUCUGGUGCCCGCGUCCUGCUGACCGGAGCCAGCGCAGGGAUUGGGGAGCAGAUGGCCUAUCACUACGCCACGUUUGGGGCUGAAAUUGUUCUGACCGCCAGGAGGGAAGCUGUGCUGCAGGAGGUGAUGGAGAAAUGCCUGAGCCUGGGAGCAAAGAAAGCCUUCUAUAUCCCAGCUGAUAUGUCUUCCCCUUCUGAGCCUGACAGGGUGCUUCGGUUCGCCAUCCAAAAGCUGGGAGGGCUGGAUUACCUGGUGCUGAACCACAUUGGCAUUUCCCCUUUCCAGAUGUGGGGUGGAGAUGUGGAGCACAGCCGCUGGCUCAUGGAGGUGAAUUUCUUUAGUUACGUGGCGCUCGCAACAGCAGCUCUGCCCACCCUGGAGAAGAAUCACGGCUCGGUGGUGGUGGUUUCUUCCCUCACAGGGAAGAUUCCCACUCCUUUCACCACUUCGUACUCAGCCACAAAGUUUGCACUGGACGGAUUCUUCAGCUCCCUGCGCCACGAGCUGAUGAUGCAGGAGAGGAACGUCUCCAUCACGCUGUGCAUCCUGGGCCUCAUCGACACGGCCACGGCGCUGGAAAAGACCCGGGGCAAAGUCUUCAUCACUGCUUCUCCUGCGCCAGAAGCGGCGCUCGCCAUCAUUCGCGGUGCUGCCGCCCGCCUGCCGGAGCUCUUCUACCCGUGGUGGCUGCGGCACGUGCACGGCCUCUGGGUGCUGCUCCCCAACCCCCGCGUGCUGCAGAGCUUCUACAACCACAGCGCUUGGAACCACGGCAGCCCCUGACGGCGCGGGGAUCCGCGUGCGGUGAUCGCCCCCCCAUCUUCCUCCAGACCCCGCAGCCGCACCCCUCGCUCCGCCCCACAGGCUCGGUUGUGUCUCGCGUUCUCCGCCCGGGGCCGGGCCUGAAAGGAGCGAAGCCGGCUGCCCUCAGCCGCUGCAUCGGGGCGGACCGGCGGCACCGCGCAAUGCGGGCACGGCGACGGCGGCGGAAGCGCCCGAGCCGGAAGCUGCCGCUGCGGGAUUAAGCCCCGCCCCCCGGGCGGCGGCGGAUUAGUUGGCACUCGAGGUGUAUGCAAAUCUCGCUGUGCUUCGCGCUUUCCUAUUGGUUCCUGGUCCACGUUAGCACCGCCCUAGUGACGCGAGGCCCGCCCCGCGCCUUUGAUUGGUUAGCAGUAGUAUGCUGCGCGUCGCUCCUCCUCUCGUGGGCGGAGCCACUCUGCUGCCGGCUGCCCGUUGGCUGAGCAGCUCUGGGGGGCGGGGCUUCGUGGGGCCGUGGCGCGCCGGUGCGCUCCGGGUGCGCUGUGCGUAAGCGGCGGUUCCGCUCCGAUUCCGCUCCGGUUCCCCGAAGCGGUGCUGGCGCUGCAGCCGUCGAACGGCCCCGGGCCGCCCCAACCCCAGGCGGCGCACGCAGGGGGCAGCCGGGUUACUUAGGAAGUAAAACUUUUAUUAAAUAAACUUAAGAUUCUUUGUAGAUCAGAGCGAGGGCUGACACUGAUGGAGCGGCGUCGGGAUCGGCGAUGGAAGAAAUGCGAACGGUCAAACGGCGGCGGGCCGAACCUCGCCGGGUCCCGCUGUGGCUCCCCCCCCCCCCCACCCCCCCGGUUUGUAUUUGUUGGUCCUUUUUCUUUCUUUUUUUUUUUUGUCUUUUUGUUUUUUGUUUUUUGUUCAAAAUUAGAUUAAGUUUAAAUCCAUGAAAUUAUUCGUAGCAGAAAUAAAGUACAUUAUACAAAUCACGGACGUCGUCGAUGUUAAGUAUAAAAAUGGUAUUUACAAUAAGUAAACAUGGACUAUAGAAACACACACAGACCCCCCCGGCCCCCACCCGGCUCCGCCGCCUCUCCCUGCAACGGGGUGAGCAGGGGGGGCCGCAGCCCCAACCCCGUCCUGCCCCACAGACACAGCGAUGCCCUCCGCGCCUCACCCCGCUCUGCCGCGUUCGGCUUUUCCUCCCGGUUUCAGCAGGAAGCAGCAGUUUGUGCCGCCUCAGGGAUCGGC